UUAUAUUUGGAGCAAAGGGAUGCUGCGUUUCAGAUAAUAUAAGCAACCAGAAUGAAAAAAUUCAAAGUGAUAUAAGAUAUAUUACUGAUGAGACAAUGCUUAUUGAAUGUGUGCAUUGUGUCGCAUACACUUGUGUACAGUGAAUGUUCAGUGAUAGUGAGGAUAAUAGAAAGCAAAAUAGAACGCUUUGAAAAAUGUGAAAGAAUAAUGACCAUAUGGUUUGAGUUGAUGCCAUUGCUUGUGAUGCCAUCAUCUGCAAGCUUGGAAGUGAAGUGUUUUCUCGUCCUGACAAGAAUGAGGUCUUUUGUCUUUGGUAUAAUAUGUUAGACAAGAUGCUGAACUUUUCCCCGUCUCGUGUGGAUGUGGAUGUAGCUCGUGAUAUCGAAUCAACAGGAGAUAGACGAUUCUGCCUCAAACCUAAAAAAAAAAAGAGAAAGAAAAGAAAAGAACAAGGAAAGAAGUUUCAAAUUACAAACAAACAAAAUCUAAGAACAUGGGCUUCGCGACACGGUAUCUGAUUCCCUUCGUGGAGGAUCACCUACUGCAGAUCUUGCUCUCCUGCCUCGUCGUCGCAGCCUUCCACCGACUCCUACGACGCAUGCGCACUCGAGAUCCGCGCGCAGACAGGGACCCUCUGGCGGCGUCUGCAAGGGAGGCUGAAUCCAAAGCGGAGAAAGGGAGCAGAAAUGUAAUUGAAUCGGGAGGCGUUGGGGAUGUGGAGGAGGAGGUGGAGGACGAGGUGGACAAGUCGAAGCUGGUGGACCCUCUCUUUCCUGAUGACUUGAACCAUAUCCCUUACGCGCGAACAAGGUUGUCAGCAGAAGAGAGCAUUAAAAAAUCAAAGGAGUUUUAUGAACUGAUGAACACACGUCGCUCCGUCCGAUUCUUCAGCUCCGACCCCGUUCCGCGAGAGGUCAUUGAGAACAUUGUCAGAACGGCAGGAACGUCCCCCUCCGGCGCCCACACCGAGCCCUGGACAUUCGUCGUGGUGGGCGAUCCCGAAGUCAAGCAGCGGGUUCGAGAGAUCGUGGAAGAGGAAGAGGAAAUUAAUUACAAGAAGAGGAUGGGAAAUCAGUGGGUAAAGGACCUGAAGGCGCUGAAGACGUCGUGGGUGAAGGAGUACCUGACGACGGCCCCUUGGCUCAUCCUGGUGUUCAAGCAGACGUAUGGGAUGCUGCCUGACGGACGCAAGAGGAACCACUAUUACCACGAAAUCUCGACGGUUCUGUCGUGUGGCAUAAUGCUGUCGGCGAUACACAACGCAGGUCUCGUCACCCUCACCUCGACGCCCCUCAACUGCGGCCCCGCCCUCAGAACCUUGCUGAACCGCCCGCCCAACGAGAAACUCCUUUUGCUCCUCCCAGUGGGCUUCCCGUCUGAGGAUGCCACGGUGCCCGACCUCAAGCGAAAACCUCUGGAGGACAUUAUGGUUGUGGCAUGAGGAAGAGUGUUCUUGUGUUCUUGAGUUUUUUUAUUUUUAAUGGGGGUUUCAUGUGGUUUCUUUGUUUUUGUUUUUAUAUAAGAGGAUUUUUGUUUUAUUUAUUUGGCGAUUAUGAGGUAUAUAUAUUUUUUUUUUUUUAGAAUAAGGAUUUAUCUUCUCUGAAGCUCUUAUCAGGUAUUAUUGAUUUUAUGUCUUUUUAAGAGGUCUUCCUUUAUUUUUGUGAGACUUUUAUGAGAUUUAUGUUAUUUUAUGAUGUUCUCAUAAAGUUUCUAUGAUUCUGUGAGUUUCUAUGAGACACUUAUACAUUUACUAUAUUUUUCAUAAGGCGUUAUGGGGUUUUAUGUUAGGAUGUGAGGGUAUGUGAGAUAAUGAGGUUUGAGGAACGUUGUUAUGAGGUUAAAUGAAGGUUUAAAUAAGGAUGAAGGAAAUUUAAAAUGUCAGACCGAGGUUUCAAUAAAAAAAAAAGGUGUUCAAGA